CAGAGCCCCCGGCCGCGCGCCGCCGCCGCUCGCUUGCCGGUCCGCGCAGGCCUUCCGUCGGGCGGCGGUGAGGAGGCGCCGAGGCGGCGGGGCGGGCGGCGAGGCGACCGCGCGGAGGCGAGCGGGCGGGCCCGGCGGGCGGCCGCCGCCAUGAGCGGCUCCUCGGGCACCCCGUACCUGGGCAGCAAGAUCAGCCUCAUCUCCAAGGCGCAGAUCCGCUACGAGGGCAUCCUCUACACCAUCGACACGGACAACUCCACCGUGGCGCUCGCCAAAGUGAGGUCCUUUGGCACUGAAGACCGUCCCACCGAUAGGCCUGCCCCCCCGAGAGAGGAAAUUUAUGAGUACAUCAUUUUCCGGGGAAGUGAUAUCAAAGAUAUUACUGUGUGUGAACCUCCGAAGGCUCAGCACACGCUCCCUCAGGACCCUGCUAUCGUUCAAUCCUCCCUGGGCUCGGGGUCAGCGUCCUCCUUCCAGCCACACGUGCCUUACAGCCCCUUCAGAGGGAUGCCGCCCUACAGCCAGCUGGCCGCCAGCUCCCUGCUUAGCCAGCAGUACGCCGCCUCCUUGGGUCUAGAGAAGUUGGUAAGCCCUCCAGCCUCAGCCGCAGCUUCCAGCCCUAGCUCUUCUCCAUCUCCACAGCCUGGCUCAGAGCUUGACAUGUCCUCAGAGCCACACCAGCUCACUUCCAAGGGAACUGGUUUUCCGUCCGUCCCAGUUGGCAAGAGCCCCAUGGUGGAGCAGGCUGUCCAGACUGGUUCUCUUGAUAACUUGAACGCCAAAAAGCUGUUACCCGGCAAGGGCACCGCGGGGAUGCAGCUCAACGGGCGCCCGGCCCAGCCAAGCAGCAAGACGGCCAGCGAUGUAGUUCAGCCGGCAGCUGUGCAAGCUCCAGGGCAGGUGAACGACGAGAACAGAAGACCUCAGAGGAGGCGAUCAGGGAAUAGACGCACGAGGAAUCGCUCCAGAGGGCAAAACCGCCCGACUAACGCCAAGGAAAACACAAUCAAGUUUGAAGGCGACUUUGAUUUUGAGAGUGCAAAUGCCCAGUUUAACCGAGAGGAGCUGGACAAAGAAUUUAAGAAGAAACUGAAUUUUAAAGAUGACAGAGCUGAGAAAGGGGAGGAGAAGGACCCGGCAGUGGUGACCCAGAGUGACGAGGCCCCUGCUGAGGAAGACCACCUGGGGCCCAACUGCUACUAUGACAAAUCCAAGUCCUUCUUUGACAACAUCUCCUCUGAACUCAAGACCAGGUCAGGGGCCCAGGGGGCUGGGCGCAGGCCUAGAUGAGCUGGCAGGAAGACACCCACUCCGCCUUGGCACUCCAGGACUGGGGCGUGCUCUCUGGAGGAACGAACCUACAUGUUAAGUUCAGGCCCAGUCUCUUAGGAUCCUGCUUGGGUUUUUGCCAUAAUGGAUACAUCAGUCCUGGUGGCACCAGCAGUCGGUGACGACCUGGGAAGCUCUGGCAGUCACAGGCACCUGGGGGUUCUGACCAAGGUCCAGCCCCACUUUGCUCUUUGCUGCCACCUUCCUCUUUACGGCUGGGCUUGGCACCGCCCUCUCUAGCUGGUUGACUGUGUCAGCACUCACUUCUACACCACCUACCUCGGCCUGCUUCCUGGUCCCCAGCUGACCCUGGUGGCCUCAGGCCUUGCUACCUGAGGCACCUAGCCAGACCAUUCUACUGCGGUGUUCUUUCCCCUGAUUGCUUGAGGCUGGGGACCCUGUCGUGUGCUUGGUUUUUAGUACGCAACAGCUGGUGCUCAGAUGUGAACAAGCUAGACAGUAAAUGACAUCUAUGUUAACAGGGAUGUAUGGGAACUCAGAUCCGCUUAUUAUGCAAAUGGAGGGCCAGAUGUACAGAGCUGGGCAUUUAGGAGACCGCAGAAAGGCUGGCAGAUCCCUACUCUCCAUGCUUACAUUCUGGCAGGGGGAGAUAGAUCAUGAAAAGACACAUACAUAUAUAAGAUAAAAAUGCAUUGGGGAAGAGCAACCAGUGACGGGUGUGGGUGUGAGGGUAAGAGAGUGCUGAGGUCUUAGACGUGGUGGCGUUCAGAUGACAGGGGCUAGAUGAGAGGCUUUCCCAGACGGUGCUGGGGCGGAGGCAGGCAGUGUAUCUGCCGUGAGACUGGAGCAGAGUCAACUGUGAGGCAGGGCGGAGUGAUGAAAGUAAGGUGGGUCCCUGCAGGGUAUUGUAGGUUACGGUGACAACUGGUUUUUAUUCUGUGCGCUGGGGAGCUGUCAGAGGUUCGGAGCCGAGGAGUGACACUGUUUGACGUUUCUCCGCAUCUCUGUUGACGGGGCUGAGAGUCGGCAAGCGGGGGAGCUGUGUGGCCACUUGGGAGGCUUUUGCAGUAGUGUGGCUGUCUUGGAGUGGGUGGGGGAGGGUGGUGGUGAAGGAGGGCAGCCUGGCUUCUGACCGUGCUUUAAAGGCGGAGCUGGCAGGGUUUGUGACUUGUGACAGGGUGUGAGGAGAGCCAGAACGACCGCCCAGGUUGGCCCGGACAGCGGAAGGGUGCAGUUUGUUUCUUUAAAUGAGGGGGCCCAUAGGGGCAGCAGAGCAGGAGCUCAGUGCUGGGUGUGUCGCAUCUGAGCUGCCUGUGAACAACCCGCUAGCUGUGCCAGGCACACAGUUGGACACGGGGGUCCCCACUGCAGAUAGAAGAGUGGGUGUCAGCAGCAUGUUCGGGUAGCAGGAAGGCUGCUGGGCAGUGUGGAGUGUGGGUACUAUGUCCCCACCCCCCAGAAAAUGGGCAUCAUGUUCUUGGGGACCCGGCUCCAUCUAGAGCCCAGUCCUCUCCUCACCUAGUAGAAACUUGUCUAGGAUCAUCUAUGAUCUGGCCACAUCUUGGAACCUUCAUAGGUGCUGGGGGCAGCAAGGGCUUCUGUUGUGGCACACUAGUGUCGUGCGUCACCAUAGGUGACAAAGGCAUGAGAGAUGUAUACUGAGCAGCCCAGUCUGGUGACAAGCACACCUGGUUGGAAAUGUGGCUGGGCACACCUGCAGUCUGGGUCUCAGGCCCCAGCGUCCUCGCUGGGUCACCCCCUCUAAUGGCUCCAGUAACACAGUAACCAACCGUCCCUCUUUCCGUCCUUCCUCCCGGGCUGUAGGAGGCUGAGGCCGGGCUCAGGAAGCUGAGAGUCAGUGCUUGCUGCAGUCAGUCUCACGC